ACAAUCCACGGAUUUUGUGCAUACACAAUUAUUUGCCAAUAAACAUUUGUUAGAUUUAGUAGGCCUAUGACCUGCUUUUUAGAGCUGUCCCACCAGCACUGAGGACAUCGCGACGUGACGGGCGGCUGGAACACGAUGAGGCUCCCAGCAGCCACUGAGGCCUUCUUAGAUGGACCACAAGCCCCAGGAGUUUGGCCCAUGACCAUCACGCCUCUACCUGCUGGCCCAGCAAGGCAGAGAGAGGAGCAGCCAGUGGUCAAGAAGACAGCGCCUCCUCGCUUCCUUCCGCCCCAGGAGCCAAGACCAGCCCAGGUCAAAAUGUUCUUCAAGCGUGCCCGGCUGGUGAGUGGUUCUUCUGGGGCUGAAAGGGAGAGGGUGCCUCCCUGGUGCCUUCCGCCCCUGGGCUCCACACCAGCCAUGCUCUUCAAGCGUGGUCCACCUGCCGACACAGUUUGCCCCCAGCCAGAGAAAAACCCUGGCGACCUCAAAGGAGUUCCGGGCCUAGGUGUAAAAGAAAGCAAAGUGUAUGGGUUGGAGGUCAGGGCUGUAAACCAAAAUAACUGUGUCCGGUUCCUCCCGCCGCCGGAGCCCAGACGAGGCAGGAUCUGGAAGCGAACCUGGCUGGUCCAAGGGUUGUGCAUGCCACUGCCGUCCACUAGAUGUCUUUGCAACUGCAGAUCUGGAUUUCUUUUCAACCUCAGAUGUGCGUGUGGGGUUGUGUGGGAACCUGGGGCUGAGGAGAAGGUGGCGCCUCCCUUAUUCAUACCCCCCCUGGAGCUCAUGCCCGCCGCGCUGUUCAAGCUGGGACUGCUGGCUGAAGGCGUUCGCAUUGCGCAAACCAGCGGAGGCUUUGAAGGACUCGGUAUGGGUGGGUUUCGCCAUGUUUUAGGCCCCACUCUUCCCUUAACUGGUUCAACACCCCUAGUCGUGGGCCAGCCAAUCAGGACCAGACACCACAAGCCUCCCUCAUUGUUGUCAAGCCAGGACAAGACAGAUUCAGAGAGUCAGAGCAUAUGGGAGAGUGCAUCGGGGGCUGGCUGCUCAGGGCUCGGUCAGGUCCUAUGCUGGCCCACAGCCCAAGUAGGCAGACUUGAUCCUGAACCAAGACAGUUCCCUUCCGCCUCCUUCACCCUCAGAGGUGAAAAGCACUGCGGGACCCCCACCCAAGGCAGGACGAUCACCUGUAGGAGGAUGAUAAGAGCCUGAGGCCUGCUGGAUACCCUCCCACCAGCCUGCUCACAGACCCUCCUCACAGACCCCAACCCAGCCUGCUGCACAGACUCAUCCCACAGACCAUAACUCCAAUGCACCCUACUGCACCAUGGACCCUGACCCUACUCUUUACCCUGAACCUUACAUCACCAAUAAAAAACACUUGAGUGCAACAUG